UGGAAAACUAUACAGUACUCUUCUUUAUCUUCAGACAUGUCCUUCCGGUGGGAUAUUCGUUUCUUCAGACGAUGAAAUAGAGGUACACUAUUUUACAGUAUUCUGUAAAAUGUAACACUGCUACUACAUACACUACUAAUACAUACAUUGUUACAAUUUGCCCCAAUACCAUCAGCCUCCAUUAAACAAAACAAAUUAACAACAGCAUAUUCCGUAUGUUGAUUUACAAAGUAAAUAUAAUCACUAAUAACUUUGUUUUCUUUAACCCAAAGUCUAAAAAAUGCUGUGUAAAGAUUUUGGAAACCACUGUUAUGCCUUACCCCUGCACAAAAAUGCGGUUUGCUUAUUUAACGGGUUGAAACAUGAGAAAUCUAAUGUAAAGUGCAACUAACUAACUAACUAAAUAAAUAAAUCCUAAGGAUGGCUCACGCGACCAUGCGUUGAGUUAAUAAGAACAGAGCUAUGACAGCAGACAUCCUCUGGGUUGCAACUACCCUUGUUGAAACACGUGGUAUCCCACAUAGGGCGACUCAAACAGGAUCUUAUUUAUUUAUUUAUUCAUUUUUUACAUAACACACUACUGAAAGCUAGAUGUAAUUUGAAAUAGCAUAAACGGGAAAAAACAUAAAUGAUUGAAUACCAGCUGGUUUAAAACAUUGUGUUUAUAGUCAACCUUGUAAAAUCUUUUUUUUUUUUUUUUUUUUUUACUUUAAUGGAAGUAUGGCCUUAGCUUCUCAUAGCGCCUCUUUUUUACAACUGAACUGUUUUCCUUAGACCUAUUACAUCAUUUGACUGGUAUUUUAUAUUCUAGGAUUACAUUUAUGUCAUGAUUUCUCGUGAAUUUAUCAUCGUUUAUCCUAUAUUAAACCAUUAUUUCAAAAAAGCCACAUAUAGAUAACGACUAACUCAGUUUCAUCCCAGACUGGGGUCUCUUUGUUGCUGUUUUCAUAGAUGCAAUGAAGCAGAAUCUGAAAAGAUAAAUAUUUUAUUCCAGUGCGAACCACGCGAUUCUGUUUACAAAGAGUUAAAAGGCGGAAAAUCGAACGGAUCUGAAUAGGUUUCCAUGUCAAACACUUCAAUUCUCCAUAGUAACUCUGAUCUUAACUCGGAGACUUUAUUAAACCGCGAUGGAGGACUGAUAAAGCAGGAUUUCUACCAGCUUUUUUAUUGCGAAGACUGGGCUAAAUGACAGAUUUAAAUUGCUCUUUUAAAUAAAGCAAUGCUUUAAAGGAAAUUACAGUCCGAAUGGUGUCCCAGAAAUGGGGUCUGCGACUGUUGCCUAGAAACUUUAUCAAUCCGUUUCAAAUUUAUUCCAGAUCACAGUUUUGAGAUAAAGUUUAAUAAAAAUCCUCUCCCCAAUGAAAUCCGGCCCUUUCAUAUCAACCAGCUAUGAAACCGAACUGUGGAGCAAACCUUAUGCUUAACAUGUAUCUCCCAGACCCUGGAACGGAACAUUUCUUGAAAGACGGGAAAGCUUCAUCAUGGUCGCCCAUAAAUCCUGGAGUGCAGAAAGGCAGUGGACAGAUUCAACUAUGGCAGUUUCUGCUGGAACUCCUAUCGGACAGCUCCAAUAUAAACUGCAUUGCCUGGGAAGGAAUGAACGGGGAGUUUAAACUCACUGACCCGGACGAGGUAGCCAGGCGAUGGGGUGAGAGGAAAAGCAAACCCAACAUGAACUACGACAAACUGAGCCGAGCACUCCGCUAUUACUAUGAUAAAAACAUCAUGACCAAAGUCCAUGGGAAACGUUAUGCAUAUAAAUUUGAUUUCCACAGCUUGGCACAAGUCUGCCAGCCCACCUCAACCGAGCACUCUCUGUAUAAAUUUCAGGGUAAUUUUACCCCGAUCCCCUUCUCCGGGAUCUCCAAACUGAAUCUCGUAACGCCAGGAGUGUCUGCCUCUGGGUUCUCCUAUUGGGCUGGAUCCACACCGACUCUAUACCCCAGUCAUAGCUUGCAACCACCGGGACCUUUCAGCUCUGUGACUGCCUCUCAUAUCAGCGGAAUUAAUAAUAUUAACAACUUAAAUAACAUAAAUCACCAUUACCAUUAAACUCACAUUGUGUCAGGCAACAUCACACUAUUAAACUAUUAAGACACUAUAGCAUCAUUUGUUUAUUUGGGGAUUCUGUGUACAGACCAUGUUAAAAAAAAUACACUGUGGUUGUUUCCUUUAAAUCUGUAUGCUGCUUAUGAUGAAUGGAUUUUAAAAUGUUCACUUUUUUUUUCUUUACUCAGAAAAUCGCUUUCAUCAAUGUCUGGUGCUUGCAGCAUGUAUUGCCAGUACGACAACAGAAGAAGUACUGCAUGGCAUGUUUCAUUAAUGUUCUAAUAUUAAAAUAUUUGAGUUACGUAAAAUCUGUAUGCAUUGAUCAUGUUGGUUCUUUUAUAGUUAUAGCAUCGGCAUAGUUUAGGGUCUGUAGUUC